UGUCUGGACGAUAUGUCCCCAUGGGAUGCCUUCUCCCUGGAGCUCAAUAAGCAUUGCCUCAACGCCAUCGGCCCCACCCUGCACCUCACCAGUGACAUCAUCCGCGCCGGUGGGUAUUCACCUCGCAUCCGAAAACGGGACAUCCACCGGCAUCGUCCUCUACAGACCGACCACACCCUCAACCCCCUGGAGACCCCCUUGCGCUGCAUCCGGCAGGCUCUUACUGUCAGGCUGGCUGUAUCUGACUGCAUUGAUCGUGUGGGGGAUUGCCGUGGCUUUGGGUGGACCAGGAGCCCGCGUGGGGCAGGGGAGGAUGGGUCCGGAGGGGAGGCGCUGGAGCAGAUGCUGGAGAGCGCCGCGGUGCGGGCGCUGAAGCAGUUGGUGCUGCUGCACCGGGAGGACGGCCCCGGCCCCGCCCGCACCGUGGAGUGGCUGAAUAUGCGCAGCUGGUGCUCAGGGCACCGCCACCUGCGCUGCCCCAGGAGGGUCUUCUCCCAGCGCAGCCCUGCCAAGCUGUGGGAGGUGUAUGAGAAGGUCUUCGAGAAGGCUGCCGACCGGCACAGCGACUUCUCACGCCUGGCCCGGGGCCUGACCGGCAACACCAUUGCCUUGGUGCUGGGAGGUGGUGGAGCCAGAGGCUGCUCCCACAUUGGGGUGAUCAAGGCCAUGGAGGAGUUCGGGAUCCCCAUCGACAUGGUCGGGGGCACCUCCAUCGGGGCCUUCAUCGGCGCCCUGUACGCCGAGGAGCGCAGCGCCGUGCGCACCAAGCAGCGGGCACGGGAGUGGGCCAAGUCCAUGAACUCAGUGUUUAAGACAGUUCUGGACUUCACCUACCCGAUCACCUCCAUGUUCUCCGGCUCUGCCUUCAACACCAGCAUCAAUAAGGUCUUCCAGGACAAGCAGAUCGAGGACCUUUGGUUGCCCUACUUCAACGUCACGACUGACAUCACAGCCUCAGCCAUGAGGGUCCACACCGACGGCAGCCUCUGGCGCUACGUCCGAGCCAGUGCCUCCUACACUCCCUACCUGCCUCCCCUCUGCGACCCCAAGGACAGCCACUGGCUGGUGGACGGCUGCUAUGUCAACAAUGUCCCAGGCUCGCUCUGGCGCUACGUGCGAGCCAGCAUGACCCUCUCGGGGUACCUCCCACCACUCUGUGACCCCAAGGAUGGCAACCUGCUGAUGGAUGGGGGCUACAUCAACAACCUGCCAGCUGACAUUGCGCGGAGCAUGGGCGCCAAGACGGUGAUUGCCAUCGACGUGGGCAGCCAGGACGAGACCGACCUCUGCAACUACGGCGACAGCCUCUCGGGGUGGUGGCUGCUCUGGAACCGGCUCAACCCUUGGGCUGAAAAGGUCAAGGUGCCAGACAUGGCGGAGAUCCAAUCGCGCUUGGCCUACGUCUCCUGCGUGCGGCAGCUGGAGGUGGUCAAGUCCAGCUCCUACUGCGAGUACCUUCGGCCUCCCAUCGACUGCUUCAAGACCAUGGACUUCCGCAAGUUCGACGAGAUCUACGACGUGGGCUAUGAGCAUGGGAAGAUGAUCUUCGAGGGCUGGAGCCGAGGGGACAUCAUCGAGCAGAUGGUGCAGGACCAGCGCUCCGCAGACUUCUAUGCCAGCAAGCGCAAGGACGUUCUGACGUGCCCCAGCGCAGGCUUCACCGACCUGGCCGAGGUUGUGUCCCGCAUCGAGCCAGCCAAGCCCUGCCUGGCUGAGGCCUACGCCGACGAGGAGUCUGACUACCUCACUGAGUAUGAGGACGAAGGCCCUGAGCCAGCGCGGGGCGAGGAGGAGACCCCUGGAGAGUGGCCAAGUGGUGGACCCCUGGAGGCUGAGGAAGAGGAGCAGCUCCUUCGGCACCGCUGCACUGCUGCCACCCCCCAGGCCUCCUCCUCCUCCCCUGGGGGGGGUCCCCUUGGCUAA